CUUCUCAUUUACAUAAAGUCUCUGAUAUUUUUGAUUCCGUCUCUUUCCUCUCCUUCUCUAUAUCGGGAACAAGAUCGAGAUUGAAAAAAAAAUUGUGAGACAUGGUUAAGACCAGUCGUAGCUCUUCAUCUUCCAAGAGUUUCUCUUCUUCUUCUUCAUCCCCUGAACCGUCUUCUCAUCUCCACGCCCUACCAAGCGAUCUAAGGUCAAGAUCCAUGCUGCUAUUUAAUCUGUAGCGAGCGGAACCGGCGGGUCUUCGUCGGCGAGCGAGAUUCCGGUUGAGAAAUAAGGACCGGUUUCAGAUCCUGGAUUCGAAAUCUGGAGAGUCGGAGCUUGGAUCCUCUGAUCCGUAAGCUAUGGAUGCAAAGAAGCCUGUUUUAACCGAUGUGCCUGUGAUGAAGAUCUCUCUUGAAGCCGACACAAACCCUGAAGCCGAUGUGGCGGUGACACCUACAAUAGCAGGUGAAGUUGUGACGGAUGGUGAGAAGUCGAAGGCAGGGAAGAAGCUAGCUAAGGCACCACGUGCGAAGAUACUUUCUCAGUAUUCUCAGAACCCACACCAUAUCAUGAGGGGCCAUGUAUUCACUGUUGGGCGCCAAGGAUGUGAUUUAUCUAUCAAAGACCAAUAUAUGCCCAGCACCCUGUGUGAAAUCAAGCAGUCUGAUCAGGAGGUCCAUCGGUUGCAACUCUGGAGAUAGGUUUAGAAGAAGACGAUGAGAUUCAUGAAGAAAUCCUUACCUUUGUCACAACCAACCACCAAGGUUAGCAAUUCAUAACAAACCAACACCACAAAAGCAAUGGAGUAGUGAAUCAACCAACACCACCAAACUUUGGAGAUGAAGAGCAGAGCCGCAAACGCUAUGUAAAUGAUAGUUGGAAGUCUUGCAAACCGUCGUUCUCACUUAGAUUUUGUACCCCACAUUACAAGCUCUGUGCAAUAACUAUUUUCCUAUAUUUCAUCUUUAUACUUUUAGAAUGUACUGCAAACUAUCUCCGACUGUGAGCAGAGUUAUGUGCAUUUUAAUUAAAAUGUUCACGGGCUUUUGCA